AUGAAUCGAAAAUUUAGCUGUCCAACUAUUGAUAAUCCUGAACUUAAAAAUAAAAAAAAAACAAGAUUAAUUCGAUUGAAAAAUGGGCACUACAGGAGAAUAGUUGAUAUAUCAAACAUAGACAAAUUAGAUAUAUUACCUAUAUCAUGCACUUUUGCUUGUCCCUCACCUAGACAGGAAGAAAAAGAGGAAAAAAAAUCAACAGAAUCUCAAAAUAGUAAAAGCUCAAAAGAGGAUAAAAUGAGUAAUAAUUCACUAACGGAUGAAAGAUAUUGUAUUGAUGUAAUCGAGGAAAAAUCAGAGGGCGUUCACACUAUUGGGACUAUUUCCGACCUUUCCAUUACUCGAACCAGCAUGAAAAGUAUAGAAAAUGUAUCCUUGAAAGUGCAAUCUGAAUUUGACGAGGAGGAAUUAAACCAGGAAGAAGUCGAAGAAGAAUAUGCGAAUUCGGAAGAAGAGGAAGAAGAAGUGGAACAGGAACAGGAGGAAGAAGAAUUGGAACAGGAACAGGAGGAAGAAGAAUUGGAACAGGAAGAGGAAGAGGAAAAGGAAGAGGAGGAAGAAGAAGAAGAAGAUGAUGAUGACGAAGACUUUUUGGAUGAAAAAAAGGAAGAAAAUGUGGAAGUACCACCUGAGGAAAAAACAUUAAUAGCACCAUCAAAAACAUUAAUGAAAGGAACAAAAACAAAUAUUUACUUUUUAUCAAAUAAAGAAAUGGUUCAGGCUUUAAUGUGCUAUAACUAUAAAUGUAAUGCUGUAGUAUUUGAAAAAGAUACAUUUUUAAGGUACUUAUAUAUGAAAUCUAUCAAUAAUAUCAUAUUAAAUGAACGCAUGAUUGAGCAAUUGUGUAAACAGGAAAAUUUAAAAUAUGUCUUAGCAAGUAAUUCAAUUGUUGUUGAAUCUACGGAUUUUCUUAAACCCCUUAUUAUUGAAUUUGAAUCAUCAAUUUCUAAAAAGGUUUUUGUAAAUCAUAUAAAAUAUACUGCACAAAAUGAAAUAGAUAUGAACAAAUUCAGCGAAUAUUUUGAUGAACUUCAUCCGAAUGAAAAAUUACGUCUCAGUAAAGUCGAAAGAUUUCACUCCCUCAAUGUGAUAGCCACGAACAACUAG